AACAAUUUCAUUUGUUUUAAUUGUUGUCAAACGUUGCUCAUUCUAUGUUCUUGCCUCAUCAUGGAUUUACUCGAAUCGCUUUCUCACGAACUUGCCAAAAGAGGUAACCAUCUGCUCUGGAUUGAAACAGUAAUGUUUAGCAUUAUAAAUGUCGCAGCUUUCCUUGGAAAUCUGUCAGUCUGUUACGCGGUCUACCGAAACCAAAGACUCCGCACACUUUCCAAUAUGUUCGUCGUCGCGUUGGCUGUGAGUGAUAUUCUUAUGUCAACCUUUUGUAUGCCGUUUUCUGUUGUUACUUUGAUUCGAGGCCAGUGGAUCUUUGGUGACAGCUUUUGCCGGUUCCAUGGGUUCGGAGUGUUUACAUUUGGACUGGCAUCUUUGCACACCAUGGGAUUAAUUGCUGUAAGUCGAUAUUUCUGCAUCGUAAAACCUGAGAGGUACAUCGUGUUAUUUAAAAAGCAAAGAAUUCUGCUCUACAUCGGUGUUGUCUGGUGUACCGCUUUCAUUGGUUCCGUUCCACCCUUUCUAUUCAGUCAUGGUGGGUUCGAAUUCCAACCAGGCAAGGCCAUGUGUUUGUACACAUUCGACACCAACAUAGCCUACACCGUAUUCAUCGAAUGCGUCUACGUCGCGACACCUUUGACAUUAAUAAUAGUCUGCUAUGCAAAAGUGUUCUACACGGUGUCACGAUCCAAUCAAGUUUUCUCAUUGGAAAAUAACCCCCAGGUGCUAAGAGCUAACGUCGAAGAAGCAAAAGUCACCAAAACUUUAGCAGCAGUGAUGGCUGGUUUUGCUUGUUGUUGGCUUCCAGUGUGCAUCAUCGACUACACUGAUGCAGCCUACGGCGAACCCACUCUGCCCAGACAAGCUUACCUUACAUACGGUUUCUUGGUCUAUCUGAGCAGUACAAUCAACCCGUUCAUUUAUGGAGCCACAAAUAAGUAUUUCAGACGACAAUACAGAGAGAUUUUUAACAACAUGUUUUGCAUGAAAGUAUGUCGCUGCUCCGAAACGUUUGACGCGGACUAUUCCAGCGAUUGUCGAAGACACGGCCCCAGGGUACAGAUCACAAGCUUGGCAUAA